CAAUGCGGGGACUGCCCACCUCCAUCCAUCCUUCUCCAUCCUGCCAUCAUCACCUCAACCCUUGGACUCUUUUCUGAGACAACAGACAACUCAGAGCUGAUCUUACCUAUUCAAAGACCUAUGAUGGGUCGAGCGGUGCCGCUAAGCUUUAGACUGCAUCAGCUGUGUCAGCACCCAUCCUUGGGACGAUAUUCGCUGCUCUGCCGGCUCCACACCGCAAAUUAUUUAUAAGAUGACAUUGCUUCCCAGUCAACAUCGCACUUCACUUGAUCCCCAAAACUUACACCACGAUGCAUCUCACCCUUCUCGUUUGCCUUCCUCUCCUUAUCUACCUCACCAAAAGCAUCCUCCAACUCCUUUAUACAACAUGGAAAAGCCCCUCCCUGACCUCCAUCCCGGGCCCUUUUCUCGCCCGCUUCACCCGAUUCUGGUACUUCAGCAGAGUCUGGAAAGGCCACUUUGAGGCCGACAACCUCAGUCUCCAUGCGCGCUACGGCCCCGUCGUGCGGAUCGCCCCGGGCCACUACAGUAUCAGCGAGCGGACCGCCGUGAAGACGGUCUAUGGCACGGGGAGCCGAUUCCCCAAGUCCGCCUGGUACGAGGGCUGGAAGCAUCCGUCGCCUGAUCGGUGGACUCUGUUCCCGGAUCGCAACAUCAAGAGACACUCCGAAACCCGUAAGCGAUUCUCUAGCCUGUACUCGAUGAGCUCCCUCCUCCACUAUGAAGAGUUCGCCGACCAAUGCGCCGACAUCUUCCGCGACCGGCUCACCGAGUUCGCGCGGAGCGGACAAGCCGUCGACCUCCACCACUGGCUGCAAUGUUACGCCUUUGAUGUGAUCGGUGAUAUCACCUUCGGCCAGCGCUUCGGCUUCCUCGACAAAGGCGAAGACAUCGAAGGCGCAAUCAGCGCCCUCCAGAAAGUCAUGGCCUACAGCACGCUGAUCGGCAUCUACCCCGAAUGGCACCCCCGCCUCUACGAACCGCUCAGCCGCUUCACAUCCACCGGGCCGGCAGGCCGAUCCUUCGUCAUGCGAUACGUCGGCGCCAAGAUCCAACAACUGAACGAGCAACGCAAGAUCGACCGACCGAAAGACGAAGCCACCGCCACCCCGCUCAAAACGCAAGACUUCCUCGAAAAGAUGGCCCUGGCCCGCGACAAAGACCCCGAAAAAGUCACGGACUACCACCUCUUCAUGAUGGGUAACUCCAACAUCAUCGCCGGCUCCGACACCACCGCCAUCAGCCUGUCAGCCAUUUUGUACCACCUCCUACGCAACCCGGCCACGCUGGCGCGUCUACGCCGGGAGAUCGAUGACUUUACGGCCCAAAACCGCUGCAGCGCCCGCGUGACCUUCAAAGAAAGCCAGGCCAUGCCGUACCUGCAGGCAGUCAUGAAGGAGGCGAUCCGGCUGCACAGCGCGACGGGCCUGCCGCUGUGGCGCGAGGUGCCCGCCGGCGGGGCCGAGAUCAGCGGAUACCACUUCCCGGAGGGGAGUGUCGUGGGCGUGAACACCUGGGUCGCGCAUUACGACGAGGGAGUGUUCCCCGAUGCGCGGGGUUUCCGGCCCGAACGGUGGAUCGAGGCGGAGAAUGGGGAUCCGGCGCGGUUGCAGCUGAUGAAUGAGAUGUAUAUGCCCUUCGGCCUGGGCUCGCGCACGUGUCUCGGGAAGCACAUCUCCAUCCUCGAGAUGUCGAAGCUGAUCCCGCAGAUGGUCCGAGAUUUCGACUUCCAGCUCGUCAACCGCACGUGGGACACGGAUAACAAGUGGUUUGUGAAGCCGCUGGAUUUUCUGGUGAAGGUGUCAGUGCGGGAGAAAGGGCCGAAGGAGAUGCUGUGAGGGGGAGGGGGUUAGCAGUAGCCUCGGUAGAUACCUCAACAACGUAGUCAUGACCUAUAUAGCAUGAAGAGAGAUUGAAAGUGAC